CUUCCAAAGCCAUGCAUGGAUCAGUGUCCCACAGACUUAUAAUAUUCAGAAUAUCUUGAGGGACAUAAUUGCACGACUACAUGGAGAAAUUCAGCAACUGGUCCCUCAAGGAAUAGAAUCCAUGAACAGCAUGAGGCUCAAGCAGAAACUGAAAGACUUUCUGCAGCAAAGAAGGUACGUCGUUGUUCUAGAUGAUGUAUGGAACUUGGAAGCACUAGAAGGUAUAAAAAAUGCAUUGCCUAAUAACAGCUUCUGUAGCCGAAUAAUAAUCACUACUCGCAAAGCUGACAUUGCUACUGUCUCAUCCCACCAUCAAAAGUUUAUUCUCAUUUUAAAAGAAUGCGAGGGUUUACCUCUUGCCAUAGUGGCAAUUGGUGGUCUUCUCUUUGCAAAUGAUGUCCAAGAAUGGGAGAUGAUUACUCGCAGCCUUGCUGCAGAACUAGAAAGCGAUGGCAGGAUGAAAAUUUUCGGGAAAAUUCUCAGCUUGAGCUACAAUGAUUUGCAUGAUAACUUGAAAAGCCGCUUUUUGUACUUGGGAGUAUUUCCAGAGGAUCAUGUGAUUGAGUGUAGUAGACUCAUCCGUCUGUGGAUUGCAGAAGGAUUUGUUGAGGAAAGAGAAGGGAUGACACAAGAGGAGGUUGCUGAAAGAUACCUGAAGGAGCUUAUAAACAGGAGUUUGGUGCAAAAUGCAAACACAGCUUCAGACGGAAGGCUAAGGCGUUGUAGGGUACAUGACCUAACGCGUGAAAGCAUCCUUUCUAAGUUAAGGGAUGAAAACUUUGUUUCGUUCGCAUCUGAGCAGAGAAAAGAAUUGCACGAAACAGUGCGGCGUCUGUCAGUCCAAUACACCGGCAACAUCGUACUGAACCAGCUAAGCCUCCCCCGCCUACGCUCUCUGCUCAUUUUUGAGUUAGGGAAAUCGACUAGCUCUGAUGAGCAAUUCUUCCCAAGUAACUCUAAGCUGCUGAAGGUGUUAGAUCUGGGAGGCUCAUCCCUUGACAUUCCCCCGACAAAUACCAGUUCUGUUCCACUUGAAACGUUGGUCUCUGAGCUGCCUGUGGAGAUAACCAAGCUCAAGAAAUUACAGUAUCUAGUGGUGUACCGUGAUUCAGAGCCCACAUUUCCUCUAUCCUUCGGUCUUAGAAAGGGAAUUUCGGCUCCCGAGGGCAUGGGAGCGCUAAAAUCACUGCAAAAACUGUGCUGUGUGAAAGCUGGAGGUGGUCGGGGCAAGAAUAUUAUGCAAGAGCUGGGAGAGCUAAGUCAGCUAACGAGGCUGGGCGUAACGGAGUUGAAGACAGACAAUGCAAAGGAACUAUGCCACUCCCUCGAGAAGAUGACCAAGCUUCGAUCGCUAGAAGUGACUGCAGAAAGUGAGUCUGAAGUUAUUGAUUUGGAUCUUCUGUCUUCACCUCCCCUGCUUCUUCGGUCUCUAUAUAUCGAAGGAUGUCUAAAGAAGGUGCCUCAUUGGCUUCCUCUGCUGAACAAUCUGACCAGAUUGCGUUUGGGAUGGAGCAGAUCGAAAUCGAGCCCCCUAAUUGCUCUCCAGAAUUUGCCCAAUCUUUUGGUGCUUGAGCUAAUUAAUAAUGCCUUUGAUGGGGAAACAUUGGUUUUUGGAGAUGGAGGGUUCCCAAAGCUCAAGGAAUUAGCCCUCGUCUGUCUGGAAAACCUGAGAUUUGUGUCGAUGAAUGGUCAGGCAAUGCCUUGCCUACAGAGUCUCGUCAUUGCCGGAUGCAGGCACUUGGACUGGCAAUCGUUACUGGUUGUCAUCCGCGACCUCUCGAACCUCGAGGAGCUCCAAUUCUAUGAGAUGCCAGAAGAAUUUGCUCUUGCGUUCUAUCCGAACAGCAGAAGCAGAACGAGGGAGGGUAUUGGGCAAGAGUGCUAUGAGGAGGUGAUGGGACGUAACCCAGAAGUUCGCUUCUUCUGGGAGAAAGGGGAUCGCUGGGAGAAACAUGAUCUCAGCCUCGAUUCCUAUAAUGUCAUCCAGGACAGGGUGACGAGAUGA